AUGAAGCUUCAAAUCCUUGCUACCAUCCUGUUUGCCUGUCUCUGUUCAAUGGUGUCUUCUAUAAGCAUUCCAUACGAUACCAUGGAUGACUUCGAAAUUGCAAAACUCUAUGUUGCUGAACUGAAUAGUGCUCCACCAGUGACCGAUAAUAGCCAAGGACAAAUUGUAUAUCCUACUCCUAAUACUACUUGGUAUGUUGGCGAAAGAGUCAAUGUUACAUUUAAUAAGGGUGUUCCCAAUGAAACGGUUGCCAUCUUCUUCUUCAACAAGACUGAUACUUUGGCUGGUGGCCCAUUAAACCAAACCAGCUUCCCUUUUACUGUGCCUCCAUCUGCCGUUAGUGUCCCAGAAUCUGGUACUUCUCUCUUGUUGGCUGUCAGACGUCAAAACAGAUAUCUGCAAACUGUUGAUUCUGUCGUCGUCCAUGUCGUUGCUCAAGCCCCUUAA